UGAUAUGAAUUGUUUAACUAAGUUGGGACCUCUGGUGUUAAAACUGUUGGUGGUCUAUUUUUACAUACCCUAUUUCAUCUCCUCAUUGCGUCAUUGAUUGGCCUAUCUGAAGUAGUUUGCACUUGGGAAGUUCUUUAUGGCGGUUUGUGGGAACAAAAUGCAGCUGUACCGGUUAAGGCUUCGACUGUGGGACCAAAUGAGGGAGGUUCAUCUGGGAUCGCAUACUAUAAGAUCUCAUGGGGUUCGAGUGGCUAGAAACCAUAUGCAUGACUGGCUUAUACUUUUUCUUCUCAUCAUAAUCGAUGUCAUCUUGAAUGUCAUACAGCCAUUUUAUCGCUUUGUAGGGGAGGAUAUGAUGUCUGACCUGAAAUACCCACUGAAAAGCAACACGGUCCCAUUUUGGGCUGUUCCAAUGAUUGCAAUUUUGUUGCCUAUGGGGAUCUUUCUUCUGUACUAUAUCUACCGGAAGGAUGUUUAUGAUUUUCAUCAUGCUAUUCUAGGCCUUCUGUUCUCAGUUCUAGUAACUGCAGUUAUAACUGAUGCAAUCAAAGAUGCAGCGGGCCGCCCUCGUCCAGACUUCUUCUGGCGUUGCUUCCCUGAUGGAAUCGGUGUCUAUGAUCAUCUUACCAGGAAUGUUGUUUGUCAUGGCAAUAAGAGUGUUAUAAGAGAGGGACAUAAAAGCUUUCCAAGUGGCCAUACUUCAUGGUCCUUCGCAGGUCUUGGUUUCCUGUCGCUGUACUUAUCUGGGAAAAUUAAAGCAUUUGAUCAGAGUGGUCAUAUCGCAAAGCUAUGCAUAGUCUUCCUUCCCUUGCUGGCAGCUGCAUUUGUUGGAGUUUCACGGGUAGAUGAUUAUUGGCAUCAUUGGCAGGAUGUGUUCGCUGGAGGACUUCUAGGCUUUGUAGUAGCUAUGUUCUGCUAUCUCCAGUUCUUUCCAGCUCCAUAUCACACAGAUGGUUGGGGACCAUAUGCGUAUUUUCAAAUGCUUACAGAGUCACGUACGGCUGUUGAACAACCUGUUACUGCAAAUUCUGCAUGCACACAGACAAGAGAUAUGGAAAUUGUGGAUCAGCAAGCUCAAACGGCCACAGCAACCGAGGUCUCAGUUGUGCAUGGCAAUGGCACGGAAGCAGUAUAAGCAAAAUUUUUUGCAGAUAAAGGGAUUCUCAGCUAUGAAGUUCAGCAUUUUAGCUUCAGCUUCUCCAUGUGUAUAGUGUAUGCAAAGGAAGUAGUUUAUAACCUUUACCCAGAAGAUGAACACCAAAACUGAAAAUUUUUCAUGUUGAGAGAUUUGUAUUGUUAUUUUAUGAUAUGCAUAUAUCAUAUAUGCCA